GGGUGAGGAGAAAGACGAGACGAGGGGGGAUGGAAACGAGAGAGAAUCGCGCCGAAAGACGAGUUACUAGAGUCCGACGAGGACGGAGAGCGUCGGGCCGACGAAGACGACAAAGUCAGACCAACGCCGCCCGAGCGAGACCGAAUCCAGCCGAGGGCAGGCAGCGCCGUUGGCGUAGUAACGUGUCGUGGCUCGUACGCGCUGCCUCGCUCGCCUGCCUGCCUGCCUGCCUGCCUGCCUGCCUGGCUGCCUGCCUGCCUGACUCACUGUCCGUGCGAGGCCACGACUGUGUGCGGCCCGCUCUCUGCGUGGCGCGUCGAGUCGCCGCGCGAGGGGCGACACGCUUGUGUGCGUCCGUGGAUGGGGGUCCCGGCCCGGCUCUCGGCCCGUCCCGUCCCGUGGAGUAUCGCACCGCUCGCCACCCGCUAUCCACAGCAGUUUCAGCCCGCUUGCCAGUGUCCCACCGCACGCCGAACCGUUUGCACUCAGAAGCGAUCAGGGAGCCCUUCUCUCCCUCGACGUCCCCCUUCGAGAAAGAGGCGCGCGCGCGCGUUUCCACCCCUACGGGUACCCUGCUGCACACCGACUUCGUAUCUUCCUCGCUGUCUCGUCUCCGUUACGCUAGUUCCUCUUCGUUCCUCACCGUCCGCCUUCCUCUUCUUUUUCUUUGGGCAGUUUCUCGGUGCUUCUCUUCGCCGUCAGUCAUACGCCUUGCCUCCUUCUCGCGCCAAGGCGCUCCCUCUUCGUUCCGUCGGCGUGUUUAACUCCCGCCGUCCCACCACGCGCCCCCCACCACCGUUCUGUCCCGUUCGCUCGGCUCCUUUCGUUCCCAGUCGUUCUCUCUCGCUCCACGGGUAGCGCCGGUGUGUACUCCCGCUGUCACCUGAUCGCGGGACGCUUUUCGCGGGUGAGAUACCGCUCGGCCACCGAGUCAACCGAGUCUGCCGCCGCCGCCGCCGCCGCUCGGUUUCCCUCCCACCCUCCCGCGCUGGCUCCUUCGGCAUCUGCUCCUGCUCUCCCUCUUCCUCCUUCGUUCCACGGGAGCGCCCGCGCUCUUUCCUUUGCGUCUCGCGCGGACACGUCGUGCUGCUCUCUUCCUAUACUCGGCUCGUUGCCGCCGCGCGACGUCGAACGUGCGCGCGGCUAGCUGGUGGUUUUCGAGAGGGAACGAGAAGAAAAGGAAAAGGAAGACGAAAGAGUUGGGAGGGAAGACAGAGAGGGAAACGGAGUAGCAGUGCGCGCCACCGACAUCGUCCGACCGCGACUGGCUCGCCCGAUCUCUCGCCUCUUCUUCCUCCUUUCACGGAUCUUCGUGCACGUCUCCUGAAGCCGACUGGGAGAGGGAGGUGACACUUUCGGAACGUGGACACGCGGCACGCACGGAUCGUCACGCUGGAUACGUGAGGAUUCAGAAUUCUGCUGGCUACCGUGCUCUUCUACAGGUCGGUAAUAGUAUUCGUGCUUAUGCGAGUUAGUGUUCACGUUCUUUUUAUCCUCUGGACUUGGUGCGCGUUUGUUUUUUUUUUCUUCGUCUCGUGCAAACGUUGGAUUUCCUCUUCUUAUUGUGACAAAGUCUGAAAUCGUCGCGACGACUGCAAACAACUCCUCCGCGAGAGUUGGCUGAUUUUCCGUCUUCAACCCGGAAGCGACUACGACGACAGCCCCGUCGGAGCAUCGGGAACCUGGGAGCAUCAGUGUGUGUGCCUCAGUGUCUGCCGGGUAUUCCUCUCGGUGUGUGUAUGUGUGUGUGUGUACACGUUGCCAGGAUAAUGCUGUCGGUGGUCGACGGUUUCGGUGAUCGACGACGAUUCAGUCGGUGAACUAGUGACAGUGGUGAAAUCGAUCGACAGAGAAACCGGCUAGCAGCGCCCGUCCUAAAUAUAGCCAGGAAUAAUGGCCAGCGCGACAAUGGGUCUCCGUCGCAGAGUGCAGGUGAACAAUUCACCAACCCCGUCGGGUCAAUCCAGCGUGUCCAGCAAGCGUUCCAGGUCUGAGAACAACAACAGUCCGUCCCACGGCAAUCUGAACUCGAUGAACACCACCCGGGACGAGCCACCUACGAAAAAAUCCCGUGGGACGUCCACCAACGCCACGAAGGCGGCGUCCGCGUCUUCGUCGUCCCCUGACGUCAGUCCCACGUCGAAAGGCCGGUCGGUGUCGAGGUCCAAUGCGCAGUCGAAGGCGUCAGCAGCGGAGAGCAACGGGGUCCUGCCAACCUGGACGACCGCAUCGAACAUGCCCGACAUGUCUACGUACGCUUCGGUGGCUGGACUGAACAUGCCUCCCGGUUCGGCGGCUGGUUUGUGCCCCGGCGGGCUCAGUAUGCCCACCCCGAUACCAUACAUGUCCUCGUCUAUGGCGACGUUUGUUGGAACCGCAACCAACCUCGGCAAGAGCUCUUCGGUAUCAUACUUGGACAUCUCCAACAUGACCGGAGGUUCGUUGAGCUCGAACGGAUCCGGCAGCCUCAGUUCGGGCUACGUGUCCGCUAAUGGGACCGCGGGCAGCGCGAUGGACUCUAAGAGCGUGCCCAUGCCCUUUCCUGGGAUAACUUCUACGGUGAACGGGGCUGAGUACGGCAUGCAGAAGGGCCAAGCAGAAGGCGCGAGUCUGCCCAAAAAGUUCCAAAACGACGGGAUGUUUAACGCGUAUCAACCAUGGGUGAUCAAAACCUACGGGGACCUGGCAAAGACCAAAACGAUCACGAUCACUAAGUACGCGCGUAUACUGAGAACACUCAGAGGUGAGGAAGUGAAUAGUGCGGAGAACAGUAAGUUUCGAUUCUGGGUGAAGAGCAAGGGCUUCCACAUCGGCCAGCCGGAAGGAUACGACGCGAAACCGGCGGACAGGAUUAUCGGCCGUCAUGCAGUGACGAGUCCUGGAUUGGAUCCUCCGCUGUACGUGCCCACGCAGCUGCCCCACAACAAGGCAUUAAAUGGCGCCGAGGGCACGGUUCCACCCGGAAGAGUGUACAAGAAGGUUGCAAUCGUGGAGAACUUUUUCGACAUCAUCCAUGCUGUCCACGUUGAUCUCGAGGGUCGUCCAGGAAAGCAUGCAGGUCAGAAGAGGACGUACAGGACGAUCACGGAAACGUACGGCUUUCUUCCACGCGAGGCGGUAACGCGAUUUCUGCUGGGCUGCACGGAAUGCCAACGACGCCCGCGGACCCCGAGCCCGACGAAUUUAUCCACCCAGGCGCAGUCUACGACGACGACUCCGAUAACGACGACGACGACGACGACGACGACGUCGUUGAGCCCUAACGCGGGCGCCGCCCUCACGACGACGACGACGGCGUCAGUGCAAAGUAGUUCUAAGCCGCGCGAGGGACAUCAGCCCGGUGACAGCAAGGGUCUGUACAGCUACAGGCAUCACAAGCAUCACAAGGGUAGCGGGUCGAUAGAUAAAACCGAUAAGGAGAAGGAGGAGAAGUACAAUCCCUUGAGUAUCACGAAUCUGCUGAAGAAGGAGCCAGUCGCAGGGAGUUUUUUACCGAGCACGGAAACCCUACCCGAGUCCAGGCGAACCCCGGAGUCGGAUCGAGCGAGCUCGAGAAGUUCGGCCUCGUCGAAGAGGAAAAGGAUGUUGCCAGAGGGGCGAACGCCAUCCCCUCAGCCCAGCCAGCCGUUGCCAAGGCCGUGGAGUCCUGGACUCGAUCCCAAGAACACGCCCAUCGACUACAGUCUUCCCAUCACUACCUCGUACCUGAAGCAUCAGCAGAGGCUACUGCAGGCGGAAAAAAACAAGGCCGCCGCGCUCAAGGAGGCUGAGUACGAGCAGAAAGUCACCGUCUUGCCCGCGGAGGACAUCGACACAGUCGAGAGGGACAGAUACUCGCCAGCCACCGGAUUGAUCGACACCAAUCUCAAUCUACUGGCCACCAUUCAGCACCUGCACUGCCAAGUGAUGCUGGCUCUCACCGAGAGGCUGAGACCCUCCAUGACGAUGCCAAGCCCCCUCGUUCUGCCUUCGAUGACCAACGUACUCUCGAACGGCAUAUUGAUGGGCUCGGAGGUGUCAGUGCAGACCGGGGAACAUCACACGUGAAAGACGUUACUCUACGAAGAGUACCAGAAGAUCGGAACGACCAAUUGACUCCUGUUUGAGAACGCGUGUCGCGGAUAUGCUUGCUUCUAACAAGAACGGACACACGGGUGGACGCAACGUCCUGACCUGUUGCUUUAAAAAAAUCGGACUAAACUGUGGCAUACUGGAUGUACUUUGACCCUAACGCAGCAAGUUCCCAACGUUUUUCGACGGGGGACUCUGCGGGGAACAGAACUAUCUAGACCGCGUCUACCUUAAUUUUUGAUAUUUAAUAAAUUACUCCUUUCUCAAAUAUCGUUGGAACUUUUACUCGAGACUCUGGAGGAUAAUGAAAUUCGGUCCCGACUGCGAACCUCGACCACGGUCUUCGAAGGCAACGAUAGCGCGGCCAAUAUCCGAUCCGAGCUGCCAUUCGUGUUAUCGGGUAACGCUAUCAUCUAUUAAACCGGAUAAGAUCAAUUACUUCAGCGGCGUCCUGGCGUCACGUCAGUUAACCGACCGCGCCGGUUCGGAUCGUUGCGCGCUCCCGAUAUAGACGGUGAAACGAAACGAAUUAUUCGUGAGUCUGUCAAAAUAUGGGUCGACCGUCGCACGUCACCGAUUUGCAAAGGAGCGCUGCAACCGCAAACCGGGGAGCGUUCGAUAUUUAGAGAUUCGGUCGCGAGACGGGCUCUGAAAUGGACGACGGGUUCGACAAAGGCGAUCGUUGUGCCAGGACAGCUCCUGAAUAGAACGGGCAAGAUUUUAGCCCAGCGCAUUGCCUCGUGACCCGCGGCCAUUGUGGAUUCUCGAUCAUUGACUGAUAGGUCGCGAAAGGUCAUUUAUUUUUUUUUCAAUUUGCGUGCGAUGCCCAGAAAACAAGUAAUUAUCGGAUCUAUGUUUAGGAUUGGCCCGUUGGUUUUUGUAAAUUUAAUUUCGAUCGCGGUCCAGAUGUAUUCGUGGACGUAGCUCAACAAGUUCGAUAAGAUCUCUGAGGUGGUGAUUUGAAUGAGAGAAGUCUAGGCCUAUAAAGUAGCGCCAUUUGAAGAAGGUUAGAAGAUCAUGGAGAAGUUAAAAGGGGCUCUGAGUCCAGGAACCUUGUUUACCUUGUUGGGCUAUAGUUCUCGCUUUCAAGAUUGAAUUUUUGCCCCCGAUUCAAGAGCCAGGACCACCCAACUUUGCGUGUACGUAAUAUGAAUGAAGAUGAAUCUCGGUUCGAGAGAAAAGUUGCUUCCUCGCUUCCAUGUUGAACUGGCCCCGAUUUUCUCGCUUGGAAACCGGGACUUGCUAUACUUUAUACUUCCUAGGACUUCGUUACUCCUGCGUCGCGAUCGCUGUGCGCACAAUUACGCUUAAUCCCGAUUGCGGAAUUGAUUUUUUACGGCGUCGUGUUGGGUAUUCCGAUGCAACGAUACCGGUGUCUGAACAGUACGUUGUUGUUCGACGUUGAACAAACGUUUCCAAAUAAGUGGGGCCUCGUUCGAUACGAAUGUUAUUAUACCAAAGGCAUUGCGAGGCACAAAAUUCUCGCGACGACCAUAUUUUCGGAACCUGACCGUAUCGUUUUAUCGAUGUUCGAGCUAUCGUCGCGAACGUGCCGCGCUCGUUCCGUCGACAAACUUUUUCGUAUUUGACCGUGUAGUCUAGCCUUGUGUAUGAUAUUAAACCUAGAGGUAGUUUUUCGUGUAUCAUAUAGCAUGUCGUUAGCCGGUGAACCUCAAGGACAACAAGGUACAUAAUAGCCCUUAAGGUGUGAUCACACGGACGUGUUUGUACUAUUAGAAGUUUGAUAAUCGUUGUGAAAGUAGCCGCAGAUGUUGAGAACACUCGUGAGAGUUUCGAAUAGCACCGAACCCUAUUAUUUUGUACAUAAAAUCGUUGUAACAUAGCGCAGUUAGUUAUUAAGGGUAAAACGCGCGACUAUAUUAUUACGAAUAAUAUUUACUAUUAUUAUUAUUAUUUUUAUUAAUAUUAUUAUUAUUAAUAUUAUUAUUAUGAUCACUGUGACAGUUAUCUAUAUAAUUAUUAUUAAUUAUUAUUUUAUUAUAUUAAAACUGCACACGAAUCAGAUGGGAAAAUAUAUGAGAUCACAAAAUCUG